GAAGCCAAAAGGAGCGACGAACAUUUAAUCGUUUGUGAAGAAUUACAAGGAAGGCGAAUUCUCAACGACGGACGACGCAACCUGCAACUAUGGCGGACCAGCUCACCGAUGACCAGAUCUCCGAGUUCAAGGAGGCUUUUAGCCUCUUUGACAAGGACGGCGAUGGCUGCAUCACCACCAAGGAGCUGGGAACAGUGAUGCGCUCCCUCGGGCAGAACCCAACAGAAGCCGAGCUCCAAGACAUGAUCAAUGAAGUUGACGCAGACGGGAACGGGACCAUCGACUUUCCCGAGUUCCUAAACCUAAUGGCUCGUAAGAUGAAAGACACCGACUCCGAGGAAGAACUCAAGGAAGCCUUCAGGGUCUUCGACAAGGACCAGAACGGCUUCAUCUCUGCCGCGGAGCUGCGUCAUGUCAUGACGAAUCUCGGGGAGAAGCUCACGGACGAGGAAGUGGACGAGAUGAUACGUGAGGCAGAUGUAGACGGGGACGGUCAGAUCAACUACGAAGAGUUCGUCAAGAUCAUGAUGGCUAAGUGAUGAGAGAGCAUCAGACUCUAAAUUAUUCCCAAGGUCUUGACUUUAUUAUCAUCAUCAUCAUCUAUCAACGGAUUCUUCCUCUCUUUGUUUUUUUGUUUUGAAGCUUCUUAGGAGUUAUCAAAAGUAUUUGCAUGAAAUGGUCGGUUGAUUAUGCUACUUAAUGGCUAUGCUUUUUCUUGUUCAUCUGUGGAUUUCUGGUCUGGUUGCAGAAAUAUGAAAUUUUCAAUUAAA